UUUACUCUAUUUUCAAAUAUAUAAGGGCCACAAAAGAAUGCUCAAAUGCCCCAAGAUAACAGAAAAUAUAACAGUAUGUCUGGUAAGAAGAGCUUCUCAUACUUGUUACUCAUUCUUCAUUUCCUCACAACAACAGCUGCUGCGAGUUCCUCAGCCGUAUUGUAUGACAUCUAUCCCUUCAUAAGAGUAUACAAGGAUGGUACAGUUAAAAGAUUUAUAGGAACAGAGGUUGUGCCUGCAUCAGUCGAUCCAACGACUGGGGUUCGUUCCAAAGACGUGGUGAUCACUGCACCAGAACUUCAUAUCUCAGCCAGACUCUACCUCCCUAAAUAUGCGACUUCAACACAUAAAUUACCACUUCUAGUCUACUUCCAUGGUGGUGCAUUUUUCACAGAAUCCGCCUUCUCUCCCCUGUACCACAAUCACCUGAACUCAAUUGUUGCAAAAGCUAAUGUUGUCGCAGUGUCGGUUAAUUACAGAUUAGCCCCCGAACACCCUCUUCCUAUUGGCUAUCAAGAUUCCUGGCAUGCACUAAAAUGGGUUUUUUCUCAUUCCGAUGGUAAUGGAAACGAGACAUGGCUAAAGAACUACGCUGAUUUCAUGCACGUAUACUUAGGUGGAGACAGUGCUGGUGGUAACAUUGCACACAACACAGCCAUCCGGGCCGGGUUGGAGCAUGAAAUGGUCCAUAGGGUUGUAAUAGAUGGGAUGUUCUUGAAUUGCCCACAUUUCUGGGGGAAGACGCCUAUUGGGAAUGAAGCUAGUAAACCCAAAAGGGAAGCUCUGAUGGAGAGUAUUUGGAUCCAUGCAUACCCGAAUUCCACGGGGCUUGACGACCCGUUAGUGAAUCCGGCCAUGGAUCCGAAUCUAUCGAAGCUAAGGUGCAAAAGGGUGUUGGUUUAUGUUGCUGAAAAGGAUAUUUUGAGGGAUAGGGGAUGGUAUUAUGAGAAGGCAUUGAGAAAGAGUAAGUGGGAUGGAGUAGUGAAGGUUGUGGAGGUGAAGGGGGAGGAUCAUGACUUCAGUAUAAUUUUUCCAAACAGCAGAAAAGCUAAGAUAGUGUUAAGACAGUUGGCUUCCUUUCUGAAUCAAGGCAAAGUGCUGGAUAGUUUUGCCGGGCAUUUAACUGCAGUGCCCAGCAACUGAAUAAUAAUGUAACUAAAGGAAAAAUAGAAUAGUUCUGUAAAUUUCAUAUUUACUUAAUGAAAUGUUUUUCUUCUUA